AUGAAAAAUCUAUUUAAAAAUUUUAGCUUUUUCUAGCUUCUUUAGCAUAAUUAAAGAAAUUAAUAGUAGUUAUGUAAAAGAUUCUAAUUAUAGUUAGUACCAUAGUUUUAGUUUAGUAGAUUUGGCAGCCCAGAGAAGAAAUUGUAAGACUUUUAGAAAUAGUUAAACGGAUAUAUCAGAAAAUGCAAUUAUAAUCAAAUGGUUUUAACAUAAAUUAAAAUUAUCAAAACUAAAGAAAAAUAUGAGAAAUUAGAAUUUUAUAAAGAUUUUUAAGUAGACUAUAGAAAAUUAUGCUAGUAUUUGAUAUUGAAAAGAGAUUAUGAAGAAGCAGUAACUUUGUAUGAAGAUUGCAUAGCUUACCUAACAGAUUAACUUUCUAAAUAGAAAUAAGAUCAUUUUAAAAAUGAUGAAAUUGAACAGUUAGAUGUUAAUUUUUUAUAAAGUGAAUUAAUUUCUUUUAAACUUGACCUCGCGAGCGUAUAAUUGAUAAGUCCUAAUAAAAAUGGGGAUGAAGCUUUCGAAAUUAUAGAGGAGCUUAAAGAAUAUAAAGAAUAGGGAAAAAUGAGCUAAUUGUAAGUAUUAAAACAUAUUUUACUUGAGAGUAAGCUCUAUUUUUAGACCUAUGAAUUAUAAGAGAGCUUAAAUACAAUUUUAUAAGCUGAUGCAGUAAUUGAAUAAAUUAUUAGUCAAGAUGAAACAAAUUUUGAUUUCAUUUCUUUGUUAGUAGAAAUUUAUGUAUUGAAGAUAAAAUUAUAAGUAGAACUUUAGCAGAUAGCUCUUGCUUAAGAGAAUAUACAAAAAUGUGAAAAAUUAAUUGAUGAAAAAGGCUUAGCUGACACUCAUCCUUAGCUCUGCUUCUUAUUUUAUUAAGCAUCUAUCGAUAUUUGCUAGUAUACAGCUGAUUUAGACUUAGCCUAAACUAGAGUUUUAUAAAUGCAAUAGAUUCUCGAAAAUUCUGAAAAUAAAAAUCCUGUUUAUUAGUGUUUGCUAUAUUAUUAUGACAGUUUAAUAUAGAACCAAAUAGGAAAGCAUUUUGAUUCUAUCCAGAGUCUGAAUUCUUGUUUUGAAAUUUUAUCUAAAUCCGUAGACGAAGAAAAUGAGUUGGUAUGGAAGGCAUUAAACUUAAAAGCAAUAUAAUUAAUAGAAGAAAAUGAUUUCAAGAGUGCUUUGAAAAUUUUAAAUACAAACUAAUAAGAAAUGGAAAAGAAGAACAAAAUAAAAACACGUCUCUAUUAUGAGACCCAAGUCCAUAUUAUUGUAUUGCAAUUUGCGUUAACUAAUUUAUAAAAAGCAACGUAAUUAUGUGAAUAAUAUCUAAGUAACGUAGAGAAACACUUUGGAUAAUAAUCAGAAUAAUUUAUAGAUGGAUUAAUAAUCUAAGGUAUGUGCGUUGUAAGUAAUAAUCAAAGUGAUGAUUAAUAAAAAACAUAAGGUUAUAUUGGUAUCAGACAAGCUUGCAUGGCCAUUAAGAAUAAUAAAAUAAAGCAGCUAAAAAUUAGAUUUAUAUAUUUGAAUCUACUUAAAGAGGUGUUGAAGAGAAAAAAUGCUUUCAAAGAAAUUUUUUAUAUCAACACAGUGUUAAAUUCCUACUUUUUCUAACCAAGAUUAAAGUUUUAAUAAAAAAAUGAACAAUUUAUUUAGUCAUAUGAAGAUAAUAAUAAACAAUUAGAUCUUAUUAGCUAAAUACUUGAGCUAGAAACAGUGAAUAAAUAAAUGAUGAAUUAAUGA